AAAGGGCAGGACGAGCAGUUACUGAAUCACAGUGAAAUAUCGCCAGCAUGUAUCGUUUGUCCAGGCCUGCUACCUUCAAUGCGUUGAAGUCUGCUGCUUUUUCCAAGAGCAUCUUGAAGUGUGCUUCGACCCAAUUGGUUUUGGCCAGCUCCAGUCGUUCUUUCUCUGUCCACCAUUCCUUGAGAAACAACUUGAAAAUUACCACUGAUAUUGAUAAGUCUCUCAAGACCAAUGUUCCUCCUUCUUCCUCUACCACUGUUCCUCCAGUUGAGCCAGUUAAGACAGACAGUGGGUCGAAUGAGUCCAACGAAUCCAAAUCAGAACCCAAAACAAAAAAGAAACAUCCAAUUAGAAGAUUUUUCAUCAAAUUAUCAUUAUAUUCUUCUCUAGUCUAUUUAACUGCCAUUUGCUUGGCAUUGAACAACGAUUUCAUCAGGAAAAACUUGAUCAAUCUUAUUCCAAUAAGUGAAAAUGUCAUCAACUAUAUUAAGAAAAACGAAAUCGAUGACAAAUUGAAAGAUAAAAUUAAAAAUUUUGAUUUCAAUCAGCUCAAAAAUGACUUGAACGAUGGCUUUGAAUCCUUGAAAAACUUUAAACUUAACGAUAUCAAAAAAAUCUACUCAAAUAUCAACUUGAAUGAAAUCGAUUUAUCAAUUGAUGAAAAUAAAAAAAUCGAAAUGAAAAAUAAAGUUGCUUCCACUUUAGAAAAUGUAAAGGAUAAAUCAACCGACUACAUUGAUCAAUUAUCAACCACUUUAAAGAAUUUCCAUAAAUUAACCAUUCCAAAAAUCGAAUUCAAAUCAAAUGAUCAAGAAUUAAACGAUACAAUUGGCUCUUUCAAUACUUUAAUUGAAUCUAUAAAUAACAGUAAAUCAUUUACCGAUGACCAAAAAAUCAUAUCUCUAGACUUGAUUAAUUCAAUUCAAGGCUCAAUCCAAAACUUGUCCAAUAAAUUAUCCGAUUUUAACGACAAAAACGACCAAAUUCUCAAAAAAUUCAAAAUCCAAAUUCAACAAGAUAACGAUAAAAAAAUCAUUGAAAAGGAAAAUCAAAUCAUCAAUAAAAUCUUAAACGACUUUAACGACGAAAAAAAAAAAAUUGAAUCUCUAUACAAGAAAAAACUAAUCAACGAAAUUAAUUCAACAAAGGAAAAUAUCUCAAAACAAAUCUUGAAUCAAUUCCAAGCUUUGAAAAUUCAACAAUUGAACGAAAUCUCAAAAGUCAUUGACGAAAAAAUCCAAAAUGAAAGAAAUGGCAAAUUAAAAAGUUUAUCCCAAUUAGGUGAUAAAAUAAGUAACUUGACCAAAUUCUCAAUUCAAUUGGAGAAGAACAUAUUAAAAUCAGAAAACUUUGCUAAAAUUCAAUUGGUCUUGGCCAAAAUCAAUUUAAUUCUACAAGAUAACUCAAUCGACAAGGAAUCAAAAUCUUUGCUUGAAGAAAUUAAUACUUUAAAACAGUUGACUAAAAAUGACGAAUUAAUUUCAGUGGCCAUUGAUUCAUUGCCUGAGGAUGCUAUUGAGCAUGGCGUAUUAACCAAAAGCCAACUAUACUCAAGAUGGCAAUUAUUAGUUCCUGAAUUAAGAGCCUCAUCCUUAUUACCUCCCAAUGCUGGUUUGUUAGGUCAUUUAACAAGCAGACUCUUUAGCAAAAUCUUAAUUCCUAAAAAGGGAUCUCCCAGCGGAAAAGAUAUGGAAUCAGUAUUAGCAAGAGUGGACAAUUCAUUGAAAUUGGGCAAAAUCGAUGAUGCAGUCGAAGAAGUCUCAAGUUUGAAAGGUUGGAGCAGAAAAUUAGCCGACGAUUGGGUCGUUGAAAGUAGAAAAAGAUUAGAAAUUGAAUUCCUACUUGGAUUAAUCAGCUCUCAAUCAAAAAUAAUCUAUUGAUAUACUAAUAUUAUAAACCAAUAACUUUGUUUCAUUAAAGUUACUUGUUUAUAGAUAUUUAUAUAGUUAUAUAUUCAGAACGCUUUUACAUCUCAUUCAUCAUCUUCCUGCCAAAGCUACCGUCAGCAUGGAUAUUGCAGUAUACGCACACAUACAUUUCAAUACACAAACGUAGGUGUC